UUAAAAUAUUUCAAAUAAAACCUCGAAGUUAUUGCUAUCAACGAUGGACAAUAUGUUAUGAUGCGAAUAAAGAUACGUUUCGAUUGGACAGACUUAGCAAACAUCCCUAUCUCCGUUGACCAAUGAAAAAGUUUCACGUUUGACGUUUCCCUCUGUACAUAUAUAUCCUCAAACUGCUGAGGAUGCUUUUUUCUACGAUGCUCCACAAAAACAUUAUGUGUUGAUCAUAUAAUUUCGUGUUUGUUCAUCAAUUAUUACUUUACUCCAAUAAAUUGUCAUAGGAAUUAGAAGAUAAGCUAAAAUUUGAGUAAAUAUCGGUGUUUAUCGUCGUAAAUUUUACAUACCCAUGAAGCCACGAAUUGUCGAACGUAUAGAGAAUAAAUUUAACAAAUGUCAGCGCGAAUUACGCUUUUAAACUACGAAACGAUCAUUAAAGAAGGAAGAGAAAGAAGAAUCGCAAUAAAAAAUGCAGUGUGUGACAAAAAGAGGGCAAGUUUGUGACGAAGGAUGGGACGAAGAAGCAAAUGAUAUAGCAAAUAAUCAAGCUGACUUCUAUCGUCACACUGAAAUCGCAAGAAUUCCACGAACCAUGGGUUCAAUGGAUUUUCUGAGCAGUGACGAAAGUUCGGAAAGAAAAGUUCAUGAUCUGCGAUCAGUUUUGGAAAGGGAUCCUGCCGCUGCUGAUUUAAAGUGGUCGCUAUUCGUAGCUGCUUGUAACACAUAUCGACACAAUACUUGUCUCAUGCCAUUUCCCCCUAUGUAUACGGAAAGAGAGGGCAAGGAUAUCGAGGCUCUGAGAGAAGCCAUAGAGGUAAUCCCACCUUUGGCCAUAGUAUUCCAGCAACUGAACGAAAUCAACGUUUACGAUAGAUAUGGGAAGACUAUCGAUCUCUUACAUUGGGUUUUGGUACAGUCAAGAGAUCCGUACAUCACGAGCGUCUGCAGAAAAUCUUACGAAUCGGUAUUACGAAAAGUACCAUCUGAAAUGGCGAUACAAGGACCAAAUUUGAUAUUUCAAAUAGCGAGUGCUAAACAUUCCAUUCGUGAGGAAAAGUGGCGAGCUGCUUCUCAAGGUUUUUCAACGUUUUACGCUUACCACGGCAGCCGAUUGGAAAAUUUCUAUUCUAUUAUACAUUACGGCAUACAGAAAAGCAUGUGCAAGACUGGAUUGUUUGGCAAUGGAAUAUACUUAUCGAGCGAACUGGGCGUAAGUUUACCGUACAGUCCCGUCGGCUAUGGAUGGGGUGGUAGCAUUUUGGGUAGCGAACUCAGUUGCGUUGCUCUCUGUGAGGUUAUUAAUCACCCUGACGUAAAACGCGGUGACGCAGGAGACGAUGGAAGAAACAUUGCUGAAGAUUCGGAAGGCGGAAAAAUUCCAAACAAAUAUUAUCUCGUACAAAACAGCGAUCUAGUCAGAAUACGUUAUCUCCUUGUCUACAGUCAAGGUUUCUCGAGAUCCAAGAAUGCGAAAAAUCAGGGGCUUGUAGGUUGGUUCAAACGCAACAAAAUGCUGACUUUUGUUCUUGGUUACGUGGUGCUACUAGCUUCGGUUGGUCUGAGCCAGAACAAGAACAUUGAAAAAUUUUGCAGACUGUUAAGUCAGAAAAUUGGAUUGUAGGAGUAUAAGGCAAAAGUAAAACAAUUUUUUUAUAACUGUAAUAAUUCAACUUGAAACAUCGUGCAUCAGUGAUAAGAUGCACUUUAAAUCUGAGAUACUUACGAAGCUCUUGACGUACAGCUUUUUUCCCAAGAAAACGACUUUAUGGAUUUUCUAGAGAAUCUAUACAAUUUAUUUGUAAUCCAAAGCGUUUAGGUAUGAAAUACAAGAUUUUUGUUUUCGCAA